GCUGAGCGCAAACAAUGUCAUCAAUAUUGUCAAGAUUGUUCAUCUUGUCAGUGAAAUCCAACAGGGAGUCUUGGGGAGUGAUUUGGAGAGCUUUAUGGUGAUGUUAAUGAUUCCAUCUUUGUGGUCAAAAUCUGACAUAAAGCCAGGUUUUUGGGUGAAGCAUGAUGAUCACUAUGUGAUUUCUUUUUCAUUUGGACUGAUAACAGAGUGACGUUUUAUCCGGUCUUGUGGAUAUCCGUAUCUGUUGUUUUGCAAGAGGGGCGCCAAGAGAAAUUUCCAAAUUUCCACAGAGUCAGAGAAGAAUUUUUCCAUCCACCCAUCCAUCCAUUUUCUGAUCCGCUUCAUCCUCACAGGGGUCGCGGGGGGUGCUGGAGUCUAUCCCAGCCAUCUUCGGGCAGUUGGCGGUCACCCUGAACCGGUUGCCAGCCAAUCACAGGGCACACAGAGAAGAACACCCAGCCACACUCACACCGACACCUAGGGACAAUUUAGACUAUUCAAUCAGCCUGCCAUGCGUGUUUUUGGAAUCUGGGAGGAAACUAGAGUACCCGGAGAAAACCCACUCAGGCCCGGGGAGAACAUGCAAACUCCACACAGGAAGGCCGGAGCUGGAAUUGAACCUCUGCACUGCGAGGUCGACACGCUAAACUGGACCACCGGGCCGCCCGAGAAAAAUUUUUGUAGUUGAAAAACCCCCACUACAGUGCACAGUUUAAAUACGUCUUCCUCAACUGGCGGACCGCGAUCCACGACCAAACCGCCAACCUCCUCUGUCUGGACCCUCUGCAAAUUGUAUAAGAUAAUACAAAUUAUAAAGUGAUUUUUACAUUAUACAUUUUAUAUUUUUGGACUAUAAUCUGCGCAUUACCGCGAUCGCUUGUUAAAAUUAUCAGUUUUAUUAUUUGCGUGCACGAACAGAUUGCAGAGGACGCAGCAGCGCGACUGUGUGUGUAUAUUGUUUGACGAACUGGAGACCCUGGAUGAGCAUGGCAUGUAUUUUUCAGUCAUUUCAGAGGGGAUGUGAAAAGGGGAAUUAUACAAAUGAAAACAAUAUUUUUGUUUUCAUGUUUAGUAUUUAUUUUGGUAAAAUUAGUAUUUUAAAGACAAAUACUGUUUAACAAAGUUAAAGUAAAAAUGUCUUAUUUCCCUAUAAGGGCUAUUUCUAUUAUCAAGCAUCCACAACUUAACAAAAUACAAGAGUUCCUCUGCCUCAACACAAUACCUCUCAUUAUUUGCUGUGUACUGGCAAAGUGAAUAAUUGUUAUUUUAAUCCACCCCAUUAUUAGUUGGUUGUGAGGAGUGUUGAUUUGUAUAAGCUUGGCUUGACCAUACUAAAUUGGCAUAAAGCCCUGCUCCUCAUGACCGCCAUGCAUGGGACCGGACCUUGGUCUUAUUAAAAAAAAAAAAAAAGUGGACCCACAGCCUUUCUAGUUGAGGACCACUGGUUUCGACAAUUAAGGAUGGAAGAGACCUGCUUUUGUUCUUAUAGACCUCCCCUCUCUCUCUCUUUCUCUCAGCCACACACAUACACUCACUUGCUCGCGUGCACACUAGGGAUGUGAAUCUCAGCACUGAGGACGAUUCGAUACACAUCACGAUCCACUGCCAGCGAUGCGAUACUUAAACGAUACAUGGAAUUUUCUGGCGAUACGAUGUGAUACGUUUCACCGUCGUCACGAUGCGAUACGAUUCGAUACACAUUAAGUUCAAAUCAAUGCGAUCCGAUACGAUACAAUGCAAUUUGUUGCGAUAUUGUGCAAUUAAACAUGAUGCAAAUAAGCAAAGAAAAAAAGCUUUUAAAAAGAUGGAAUUCAGUAUGGUAUUACAAAAAGGAUACCACUUUAUUCCUUAUAAACAGUAGAACGUGUAAAACAACUUAUUUAAGCCCUUUCACAAUUGGGUUUUGUGCAAAGAAAAUGUAAACAAUUUGGCACCUGAGACUCACAGCUGUUGCUGUAGUGUAAACACAAACAGACUACUCACUGAGUGUCUUGUAUGAAAUAUCCAUCUCCAUAGGACAGAAAAAAGAAUACAAUUGAAACAAUGUGGCAGUCACAGCCUCAAAGCUGCUGUGUGUAUUCAAGUCAAGUCAAGUCAACAGUAUUUAUAGAGCACUUUCAAGCAGCCAUCGGUGCAUACAAAGUGCUGUACAUGGAACGAUUUAACAUACACAAUAAACAGUAAGACGAAUCGGUGUAAGCUUUUGUUAAAUUGUUAAUUAUUAUCAUUUUAUAUUCAUGCAUUAUAUUCUUUUAUGUUAGUUACCUUAAUUAUACUCUGUUUAAUACGUCCUGAAAUAUUCUUAGGUUGCUUACAUGUGAUUGGAGAAGAAAAACAGGAAGGCGGGUCGUAACCGGAAGGGGGAGUGUUGGUUAGAGCGUUAGCGGGGAGCGGUUGAGCAGAGAAAAAAAUAAAGAGAAAAAGAGCUGUGUUCAAAUGAAGUCGUCCUCUCCUUUUGCCCAUUCCAAACGUAGAGCAAUCCAUUCAAAACCUGCGAACCCCUCAACUUACAUUGGUGGCAGCGGUGUUGGUAUGUUUUGUAUGGCUCCUUGACUCUUUUUAUGCUACGAUUUUUUCGUGCUAAUUGUCAUACUGCUAGCCACAUGGAUUUUGCGCUCUACCGAAUGGCUGCUGCUUAUCGCUAAUUUGGAUGAGAUUUUGAGGCUUCAUGCAAUUUGGAUUUUUUUUUCCUACCUUCUUCUUGGCCAUUGUUUCCAUCAUUAGUCAUAGUUUUGAGCUCGCUAUGUACGAUACUGAGGCUUCCGUUAGUCAACCCCCUGAAGUGGCUCAUUCCACUGCUGCUUCUAUGGCUGCUGCAAAUAUUACUCAGCUGGGCCGCCUCAACAUUGAUUUACCACCAGCUUUUAAAGGUGAUGGGACCGUGUCUUUUACUAGCUGGUCUCGGCGUUUUGAGGUGUCGAUGCAAGCCAUGUAUAACCGACCAGCCGCUGAAAUGUCAUCUGUACUGGCUUCAGUUUUACCGACAAAAUUAGCUGAGGCUGCAUUUCUGUACUGGGAUAGCCUUUCCCCCGCAGUCAAGGAGGACUAUAAGGCUGUCAAGAAGAGGCUCCAGGAUGUUUUUGGUCCUAGCCUGUCCCUGCCAUUUUUCCAAACCCAUAUAAAUGCCCGCCCCCGCAAGCCUGGUGAGAGCUUGGAAGUGUACAGUGCUGACGUCACCCGCCUCGUUAUGGAGGCCUUCCCUGACUACGGCCGCGUAGCACAGGAAGGGGAGAAGUUUCGCCGCUUCGUGGCUGGAUUGGAUCCUGCCCUGCAAGCAAAGAUCCACGAGAUGGGAGCGGGUGACCUUGACGAGGCCCUCGUUGUUGCUGGCCGCUGUGAGAGAGCACGUGCGGCACUGAACCUUCAUGCUUCAUACCCACCUAUGCGGACUAUGGGCCAGGUGUCAGUGACAUGUUCUGAUACUGCUUCUAUUAAGCUUCUAGAAGCAAUGGAACGACUGACAGUUAAAGUGAGUGGCCUGCAGAGUGACGUCCACCAGCUGCAGGAGAGGGACACCUACCGCGGCCAGCGCUUUGACCACUGGGCCAAUCGAUCUUCUGCGUCUGGUGAUCCCCUCGGUGGUGCACACCGCCGUUCUCUAUCCGGCCAUGGUGGUCCACUCCAGUCCAGAAACUGCUACUCACCUGACAGGGGCUACGGUCGAAGUCCGGAGUUCUAUCGCAGACACCGUCCAGACUCUCCUGAGUUCCGGCGCAGCAGACAUGACUGGAUCUCUGAUGGUGUACGGCAGGGGUGUCCAAACUUUUUGCCAAGGGGGCCAGAUUUUAUGUGGUAAAAUGGCCGACCUUGGCUGACAUUCUUUACAUUGAACAACAAUAUUGUUCAACAAAUUUUAGUAAGCCAGUCUGUUUCACAUUUCCAUUUUAUUUUAAUUUCAACAAUCUUAAGAAUUUCUUUGCGAUUGGCUGGCAACCGAUUCAGGGUGUCCCCCGCCUAAUGCCCGAAGACAGCUGGGAUAGCCUCCAGCACCGCCCGCGACCCUAGUGAGGAUCAAGCGGCUCGGAAGAUGAAUGA